AUGUCAACGUUAAUCCAUGAAUUUGAAGAUAUCCUAAAUGCUGAAGUUUAUAUCGACCUUGAUAAACUGCGAGAAUUGGCUAGACACGGUGUUCCCAUGAAAGUUCGAGGGGAAGUAUGGAAGUACUUACUUGGAGUCAAUCCGGCUGAUAGAUCACAAGAGUUGACUAGCCAAAAAGCCAAAUAUGAUGAAUAUAACAAUAUAGAAAAAGAAAAUGCAGAUAUAAUUAAACGAGUCCGUGGUGAAGUUAUCCGAUAUCAACAUAGAAUGAAGAACGCAAGCGGCACUUUUAAUCAAAAUGCAAAUAUCUUUGAAAAUGUUAUCGGUGCUCAUAUGAAUCGUAAUCGUGAUGUUGACUAUCAACCGACUUUCAUUUACCUAUGUGGUCCAUUCGUGUAUUGCAUAAAAAAUGAACCAGAUGUGUAUUAUUGUUUCACUCGACUUAUGGCUAUAUUAGACGAGUAUAAUUCUACUUAUAACAUAAACGAACGUGUCGCGAAAUUUAUGACAUUAUUUAGAGCAGUCAUUCCUGACUUAUGUAAUUAUUUUGAAGAAGAAGAAGUAAAUAUUAAUGAAUGGGCAUCAUCGUGGUUGCAAUUUUUAUUAGCGAAAGAACUUCAGUUUGAUGAUUUAAUGCGGCUUUGGGAUACAUAUUUUUCUAUUCCUGAUCCUAUCGAAUUACAUCCAUAUGUAUGCUUAGGUAUAUUAUUAGCUUAUUAG